CCCGCCGAUUGCUUCCACCGCCACCAACGAACCCUGUUCACUGCCACCAGUUGAACUCGCUCUGUUAUUGCCGCGAUAAUAUGAGCGGAUAGAAUCGCUCGAGUAGCAAGAAAACCAGUUUCUUACCAGGAACAUAUGUUUCGUCCGCGGCUGUCGUUAGGCGGGUUACUGAAUCUGUUGAUUCUAUGACCAGACAUCUUGAAACCAGGUUCAACAAGCAUACGCAUCCAUCAGUUGAUCAUUUCCUCAGGCGAAGUAUGAGCUAAAACCAUGUGGCUACGAGUGUUGUUUCGAUUCUUUUCUCUCGUCGCCCCUGGAGGUCCCUUCAUUCUCGUCCAUUCUCUUUUUACUGCAUUCCUUUUGCUGAACUACCUCGCGCGGCCGAGAUGUUCAUACUCAACACCACCAUAGACGAUUCGAGUCCACUCAUUAUCUAUAGCCCUGCUGGAGACUGGGCCCAAGGAGACGCAGAUGAUAUCGAACUGAAAAAAUAUUGGGGGAAGUCAUAUACUUAUACAUGGAAUGCAAACGCUCAAGCCUCAUUCACUUUCAACGGCACUGGCAUAAUAAUACUUGGCGGCAAAAGAAGUGUUCGCGGGUCUUAUACCGUUGACUUAGAUGGGGUAUCGACAGUAUUGAACGCAACCACAGCUGAUCCAGGAGAAUAUCAGGCCGUCCUGUUCAACGCUACUGGCUUAAGGCAAACUCAGCAUACUGUCAUAGUGAAGAACAUGGACAAGUCGGUUGACAUCGAUUGUAUCCACUGGUGGUCAACAGUGGGUAAUGGAGAAUUACAAGAACUAUCGCCUGAAGUCGACGACGAUGCCGAAUCAAUGUUCCACUGGCAUCCUGAAGACGCGUGGUCGAGUCCACUAAGCAACAUCUCGCGCUUUAGUAACGCAACUGGGCAGUUCGUCGCCUUCCUACUACUUUUAUACUUUUCAACUUAUCAAACUGCAGCUCCACGUCUCAAGCAGGAGCAGCAGUCAAUUACACAUUCUCAGGUGCCACACAGCGCUGCGCAUAUAAGUCCUCAGAAUAGGAUCUAUACCGUUCGGCUUGACAACGCAGUCUCCAGAAAAUUUUCUGCACAGAGAGACACCUAUGAAACUCGUGCACUGCUAUUUCAAGCAGACAACUUGGGAGGCGGAACUCAUACACUGUCGUUGGUCAAUGAGGUCGAAGGAGGGCUGCUACAAAUUGAUUAUGCGCAAUCUUAUGCCGAUCAUGCCACUGCUGUGGCUAGUACAGUCACGUCAACUGCUUCUUCCUCUGUUUCACCUUCAGGUCACUCGGUUACACCUCCGCUAAAAGCAGGCGUUGCUGCUGCGAUUGCAGUGGCAUCUGUUGCCUUCAUCGCCCUUCUGGUCGCUAUUUGGUUACUCCUUCGACGGAAUAAGACACUCUGGACGAGAUUGCAAAGCGGAUACAUGGUUCAGUCCCAAUUCGAUUCGUUUAACCCAUCAACGCACGCCAUAAAUGCCGUUUCGACUACGAGAAACGACAACUUUUAUGCGGGAAACAGUAACGAUAUUACAUCGCACAAUCCAAUGUUACAAGCAAAUGAUCAACCUUUGAUGUCGGAAACACGGCUGGUACCUAAUAGACCCGACAAUAUUCCACCCCUACCCGUCGAUCAUCGAUCUCUUGGAACUAACCGGUCCACUGACAAUCAGCGACCAGGGCCAGCUCGCUCAGAGACUUUGAUGACUGCAUCGACCUUGGUUGCAGAAAACGGGUCGGACCUGAGUCGAUCGAAUACCCGGACAAUGAAGCUCAUGACGCAGUGGACAGCACUCCGUGAGAGUUCUUCUAGGACUCGAUCACGAAUGUCGGAUUCUCAAACACAGUUCUUAACUGAUGUCGGCGAACCAUCAGUGGAUGAAAUUGCAGUCGAGAGAGAUCAUUUGCUCGAUGAAAUUGAUUCUCUACUCAAUGACGUCAGAAGGAGACCGCGAUCCACCGACAGCCAACCUCCUGGGUACUGGCAAGCUACACAUAGUACCGUCCCGUCUUUGGGACGCUGA